GUUCAUAGCGGGAGGACCCCAUGACAACAGGGCAUCUCUUUAGUGGCUCUCCUGCGGCCCUGCCCCUCACAGAGCAGUGCAGGCCUGCAGGGUGAAGUCAAGAGAGAUUAUAAUCAGUGAGUGUUAUGGUGGCUCUUUCUCAGCUUUCGGACGAACUUCACCAGAGUGGAGUUAUGUGAAAAUUGCUCGUGAAAUACGGCGGUUAAAAGACUUGUUCUGUUUUCACCCACUGUCUCAUCUUUGAUGGUGUUGUUGAAGACAGAUAAACUCUCGCAAAUUUCAUCCGUUAUCAGCAGCUUGUCAGCGACAACGAAAGUUGCAUAUACAACAAUAUAUUAAAAACUGAGAGUUGGUCCGUUGAAGGAAGUUACAACCAGGACAGGAUAAGCAUAGUUGCCUUCCAUAGGCUGGAGUCCUUUCAGUUAUGGAGGACAUUGUAUCCUGGGCAACCCAUCUCUUCGUCUACGUCCUCUUGGUUGUACCAUUUGCUUUUUUGCUUGCCAGCCUUCUCGCUCGCAGACAAAAGAUAACGUGGAUAGAACUGAUUCCGGGUCCAAAGGCUUGGCCAAUCAUUGGCAACACGCCUGACUUCAUUGUUGACCCCAGAGAGUUCUUCCAAAGAUGUAUGGGGUACAUAUACAUAUGGAAUUUCCACGCUCCCAUUGCUAGAUUCUGGGGUGGCGGCAUGGCUGUCGUAGACCUCUACAGACCGGAAACUGUUGAAGCUGUACUCUGCUCAAGCAAACAUAUAACAAAAAGUUCUGACUAUGACUAUCUUCAUCCAUGGUUGGGCACUGGACUUCUCACCUCAACAGGUAAAAAAUGGUUUUCAAGAAGGAAAAUGCUGACGCCGGCUUUCCACUUCACGAUUCUCGAGGACUUCGUCGGCGUUUUCAAUAAACAGAGCAACAAAUUUGUUUCGAGAUUGCAAGAAAAAGCUGACGGAAAACCUUUCGAUAUCUUCCCUUAUGUGACUCUGUGCACUCUAGACAUCAUCUUUGAAACGGCUUUGGGAAGUUCCAUUAACGCCCAGGAUGACACCGAGUCUGAAUAUGUGAAAGCUGUUCACAGGAUAUCUUCACUAAUUCAGCUACGCCAAGUUCGUCCAUGGCUACAACCAGAUUUUCUGUUCAGAUUAUCGGGAAUGGCAAAGGAACACGAUGAUUGUAUUAGGAUAUUGCAUGGAACCGCUUACCAGGCUAUUCGGAGCAGAAGAAAUCAGUCUCAUGAAAUGAGAAAGGGGCUGGCAACUGAGCAGAGAAUGAGCGAUGGAAAUGCAGGGAAGAAGAGGUUAGCCUUCCUCGACCUUCUCCUCGAUUGUACCGAGGACGACCACCCCCUGACAGAUGAAAGCAUUCGAGAGGAAGUAGAUACGUUUAUGUUCGAAGGUCAUGACACCACUUCAGCCGCAAUCAAUUGGUCUCUCUAUCUACUUGGUUGUUACCCUGAAAUUCAGGAACGUGUUUACGAGGAAUUGACACAAGUCUUCGGAACAUCUAAUCGCCCGGUAACCAUAGCAGAUCUUCGUCAGCUAAAAUAUACAGAAAACUGCAUCAAAGAAGCCUUAAGGCUCUACCCGUCAGUUCCCAUGAUGGCCAGAGAACUCCGUGAAGAUGUAGUCAUUUCCAAUUACCGCAUCCCAGCCGGGACAACGUUGGCCAUUUUACCAUAUCGGCUUCACCGAGAUCCUGCACAUUUCACCAAACCCGAGGUGUAUGAUCCAGACAGAUUUCUACCAGAGAAUAGCCAAGGCAGGCAUCCCUAUGCCUACAUUCCUUUCAGUGCUGGACCAAGAAACUGUAUAGGGCAAAAGUUUGCUCUCAUGGAGGAGAAGGUGGUAUUGUGCAACAUCCUGCGGAGGUACCGAGUCGAGAGCACGAUCCGGAGGGAAGAUAUCAGGGUACUUGCAGAGCUGAUUCUCAAACCAGAGAAUGGAAACAUUCUCAAGUUGUUCCCGAGGGAGUAGACGCUGGUUCGAGUUGGAAAUGACACCAGAAAGGAAUCUAUGGAGGUUCCAUAUGCAAUGAAGAAAGGAAGAUGAAGAGGACCUGGACUGUAAUUCGCAAAACCCUGAAAAAAUAGUACGUGAUAAUGAUCGGAGGGCUUCUAUGGUCAGACUUACUGGAAUGAGAACUAUAGAAAGGAAGUAAGGAGAUGGGUAUAGAUCAGUGGAAGACAGAGCACAGGAAGACAUUCAUGGUGGAAUUUCUCAGUGGCAAUUUUGCGUCAUGAGGCGUUGGAAAAAAUGAUGAUGACAACCUAAUAUAUACAUAUAUAAGCUUAAAAAUUCACAGUAGAUGCACAUGACUUCAUUAAAUUAGCGAAUACCACAGGAAAAUGAUAGG